CCUUAGUGAAUUAUCACCGUAUUGAUUCUCCUCAUCUUUGCUCCAAAGAGAAACCGCGGGGCUGCAGAGGAUGCAACAGCUAGGAUCAUGCGGCGAAGCAGAGCGCAGAGCGGAGGGUAGAGUGCGUCAUUGCGAACCUUUGGGGAUUAACCUCGCCGACGAUGAAGCCUUCGACCGUGCUGCCCGAGACCGAGAGCAUAUGCCCUCACGGCCGCCUGAGGUAGAGACGAGGCCAUGGAAGGCGGCCGGCGGCCGCUGCGUCGGACGCGUUGAGGGGCUCGGGGAUUUGGAAAUUUGCGUUUGGUUUUCGCGGCGGAGAGCCGGAGAUAACACAGAGAAACUAACCAAUAGUGUUGCCAAAUCGGCAUCAAUGCGGAUCUGAGUGGUGGUGGUGGUGGACUGGUGGUUGCCCCCACCCCCAACCGCGUAGACCACGUUGGCACGCGGCCGCCGCACCAGUCCCCCCCUCCGCCGCAGCGCAAUGCACCACCAGAUUUGGCGCCUCCUCCCCAGCGCCCUCUCGCCGAUCCACGCCGGAGCUCCCCGGCCGAGCCGCCCGCCGGCGCGGCUAGGCCGCCCUUCACCGCAACGACGGCGGGCGCUCGCGCUCACGCACCUCGCCACCCGGCGCACAUGUCGCCUCCUCGCUGUCUCCGCCCAGUCCGCCAGCCCCCACGCCGGCUUGAGGUUGGAUCAGUUUUUCGAGGUGGAGAUGAAGGUACGAGAUUAUGAACUCGACCAAUAUGGGGUUGUCAACAAUGCCAUCUAUGCUAGUUACUGCCAACAUGGUCGUCAUGAGCUACUUGAAAGUGUAGGCAUAAGUGCAGAUGCAGUAGCACGCAGCGGUGAGUCGCUGGCCCUCUCUGAACUGCACCUCAAGUACUACGCGCCUUUGAGAAGUGGUGACAAGUUCGUCGUUAAGGUCAGGCUUGCGAGCACAAAAGGUAUAAGGAUGAUAUUCGAGCACUUCAUUGAAAAGCUGCCUAAUCGUGAGCAGCUCAUUUUGGAAGCGAAGGCAACAGCGGUUUGUUUGAACAAAGACUACCGCCCCACCCGUAUAUCUCCAGAGUUCCUGUCCAAGCUGCAGUUCUUCACUUCUGAAGGCAGUAGCAGUUAAGUCACUGUACUCAUCGUCAUAACCUGCGAUAAAUCACUGUAUCCCAUUUUCCAUCGUAUUGUCUUUGUUCAAAUGAACCAAUUGAUUGAAGCAUUUGACUUCAGUGACAUUUCUAAUCUGUGAUAAAUCUAACUGCAUUCUUUAUUUGAUUU